GCGAUCCGUCUUGCUGGCCAGCGCCAUCUAUUGUUCUUGGUGACCAAAUCCGCAUUUUCAACAAGAACAUGACUAUCUCAAACAUCGUGUGGUCAUCGUAACUUUCGUUAGGUCAAAAUGGAAGACCAGUACUGUCCUAGAUGUAGGACGACUAAAUAUAGAAACCCGUCACUGAAGUUGAUGGUGAACAUUUGUGGACACACACUGUGUGAGACAUGUGUGGACUUACUUUUUAUCCGUGGCUCUGGUGCAUGCCCGGAGUGUGGCACAGCAUUAAGGAGAAAUGACUUCAGACUCCAGCUGUUUGAAGACCCUCUGGUGGAAAAGGAAGUAGAUAUUAGGAAGAAAAUUCUAAAAGAUUUCAACAAAAAAGAAGAGGACUUUGAGUCACUGCGAGAGUAUAAUGACUACCUUGAGGAAAUAGAAACAAUAAUAUUUAAUCUAGUCAAUGGUGUAGAUACAGAGGCAACCAAAAGAAAGAUAGAGCAAUAUAAGAAAGUAAACAGAGAAAGCAUCACAAAGAACAGGUCAAAGCUGAGCAAAGAUGAAGAGUUAAUAGAGUAUUACUUGGAACAUGAGAGAGUGGAGGCAGAGGCCAGAAAACAACAGCAACUUCUGGAGGAGGUGGAGGAAAAGAGGAAGAAGAAGAAAGAUAAAGAAUCUUUAAUAGAUGAUUUGAUGUUUUCUGACAUGCCUGCCUCCAUGAUCAUUGCAAGUCACAAGGAGCACACAGCAAUAACAAGGGCAGAGGAAUCUAAGAACAUACCAAAACAAGCAGCCACAGCUUUCUCUACUGGCAUCAAAGUGGGUCAUGGUCACCACAAUGUGUUUGUUCCCAUACCCAAGGUUGAGGGUAUUCUGUACAGUUACACCCCGCUAGUCAUGGAUACCUGUGGUCCACCAGUACCAGACUUGGAACAUACAGGAUACCUGGCAAAUGUUCCACAAGCAUCAAGCACCCAGCAAGCAGGUGGCUUCCAGGCCAUAUACAGCUGCCAGAGGGCGCUCCAGGAGGCACUCUGUGGACUUUUCUUCCAGUGUGAUGUCUCUCCAUCUCCUGCGCCCAGUUCAAGUAGUAGUGACAGUCAUGCUGACAUGGACAUUGGAUGAUCUUCACUUUCGUGACAGAUGCUACUAAAAUGUUGCAUGAAGUUAGGAAAUUGAAAAUGGCGCCAAUGAAAAAUGCAGACUUCAAGUUUACACCUUAUGUUGAUAACAGUUCAUUUUUUGUCAAUAUAUUUAUAUAAGACAGUUUCCUUCUAUUAUAAUUGUUCGUUUUGUUUGUAGCAGUAUUAGGAGCCAAACUUGUAGUUUUUGAGUUAAAUGUUAACUCACCAAGAAGACAUAAAUGUGCAAAAAGGACUUUCUCAGUCUUUGAAAGUAAAUGCUACAACAGUAGGAGACGAGUACAUUGUAAACAUUCAGGGGCGGAUUUAGGCCGUCUUCUGGGUCUUCUAGAAGACGGUCAGAUUUUCAAGUUUACA